CUUGAGGAAAGUUUUGGAGUUCCGAGUGGGACGGGCGAAGAGGAGUUACUUCUUGCUCCAUCCUAUAUCCCCUUCAUAGCGCGCUCAGCUGCAACCCAGCGCACGCAGAGGGAAUGCUGAAGGUGUGUUAGCAUUGUCGCUUUAGGGAUCCCGCGGCACCUUUCACCUCCACUGCGACUUGGAUUAUUACACAUAAAUUUCCCGGGAGCAUUUGAGCAACGGGGAUUUUUGACACGCAUUCAACUGCAAGGAUCGAAAAACAGAGUGCAAUACUUUCAGUCUCUCAAAGUGUGACUGAGGACAGGCCUGGGAACACAUCAGCCCGAACGCCUGAACCAGCGAGACCCCCGACAUGUACCCUGCAUCCCUCACCGCCGUUUUUGUCGCUUUGCUGCUUACCUGUGGCAAUGAGGCUAAGCCAAAUGGACAGAAAAACAAGAAGCCGAAACAAGUUGUUCCCUCUAUAGAGUGUGAUGUAAGGGCAGGAAAGAUCAAUCUCCCAGAAUUCAUUGCAAAGUGCCCAUCUCACUGCCGGGAGACGAAGCAGCCAGUGUAUGGGACAGGCGUCUUUGCCUCGAUCUCCAGCAUCUGCAAUGCUGCCAUCCAUGGUGGAAUCAUCACCAAUUCUGGAGGCAAGGUGAUCGUCAGGAAGAUGGCAGGACAGUCCGUCUACAAGGGCAGCUUUGCCAAUGGCGUGCGCUCCUUGUCCCUGCCAAAGUGGAGGGAGUCCUUCAUUGUCUCUGUGGGCAAGCCGAAGAAGGGCGUGCUCUACCCAUCCACUCUGGACUACACUCCAACAAGAGCCGACACAGUAAAAACAGGUCAGAAGGAAGUGAAGGCCUCCCAGGCCACCACUGUUCUGCCAAUGACAGCCAUCCCGGAGCCAACAACAACUCCCCCAGAGCCAGCCACCACCACUACCACCCUGCCCCCCACCCUGCCCCCCAGCACCACCCAGCCCACCACGACCGUAGCAAAGUCCCGCGCCGUGGUCCACAAGGUCAGGGAUGCUGGUGUACGCAGGCAGGAGACAGGGUCUACCAUCAGGCGACAGCCAGGAUCCCCCCCCAUGCCAGCUUUGAACAGGGUGCAGCCCUCACCACCAGAAAGGAGUCAGCAGCCUGCCCAGGCGAACCCCACUUUUGGUAGGAGGGACUGGCCGCCUCCCUCAUACCCGCACCCUGAUUGGUUUUCUGGACUACGACGGCCCACAGACAAUAGUCAUGCUGUUCCUGAUUCCGGGUACACAUGGAGUGAGGCUGAGACCCACGAGACAGCAGCACGGGACCCCAGGCCUGACGUCUCUGAGUAUGAGCGCUGGUAUUAUAAUUUUGGACAGUACCUGCCCAGAGCAGGAGAACCAGAUAAUGGUCGAAAGCCUGGUCCUGAGACGACACAUACCAGGGUCGAGCCUGUUGAUGUCUGGAAGCCAGAAGUUAACCCUUUUGAUUCAGCCCUCAGUGUCCGAGAGCAGGACUCCCUGCCAAGAGUCCAGGAGACCGUCUCCCAGGGAGAUCCAAACUGCAAGGUGGACAUCGCCUUCCUGAUGGACGGCAGCUGGAGCAUCGGGAAGAGGCGCUUCAAGAUCCAGAAAGACUUCCUGGUGGAGGUGUCCCAGGUCAUCAACGUGGGCAUAGCAGGCCCCAUGAUGGGUGUCAUCCAAUACGGAGAUGAUGCCGUGACAGAGAUUAGUCUGAAGGCCCACUCCAGCUCCAGAGACCUGAAACCUGCUAUAGACAAGAUCAUCCAGAAGGGGGGGCUGUCUAAUGUUGGCAAGGCCCUCUACUACAUCAACAAGCACUACUUCAGUGAUGCCAAUGGGAACAGGGGUGGGGCACCCAACGUGGCCGUGGUGCUGGUAGACGGCUGGCCCACUGAUCGGGUGGAGGAAGCAUCUCGACUGGCCAGGGAAUCUGGCAUCAACAUCUUCUUUGUCACCAUUGAGGGCCCUGAUGAAAAUGAGAAGGCAAAUGUGGUAGAGGCCAACUUUGUGGACAAGGCGGUUUGCCGGACGAACGGCUUCUUCUCGCUGCCGGUGUCCAGCUGGUUCGGGCUGCGGAAGGCGGUGCAGCCGCUGGUGAAGCGGGUGUGCGACACCGACCGCCUGGUGUGCAGCAAGACCUGCCUGAACGCCAACGACAUCGCCUUUGUCAUCGACGGCUCCAGCAGUGUGGGCACCGGCAACUUCCGCACCGUCCUGCAGUUCGUGGCCAACAUCACGCGAGAGUUCGAGAUCUCCGACACGGACACACGGGUCGGGGCCGUGCAGUACACCUACGAGCAGCGGCUGGAGUUCGCCUUCGGCCAGCACAACAGCAAGUCCGAGCUGCUCAACGCCAUCAAGCGCAUCAACUACUGGAGUGGCGGCACGAGCACAGGCGCCGCCAUCACCUACGCCUCCGAGCAGCUCUUUAGCAAGUCCAAGCCCAACAAGCGCAAAAUCAUGAUCGUCAUCACCGACGGCCGCUCCUACGAUGACGUCAGGGAGCCUGCACUGGCCGUGCAUCGCACCGGGGUGAUCGCCUACUCCGUUGGCAUCGCCUGGGCUGCCCAGGAUGAGCUGGAGUACAUCGCCACUGACCCAGACAAGGACCACUCCUUCUUCGUUGACGAGUUCGACAAUCUCUACAAGUUUGUGCCCAAGAUCAUCCACAACAUCUGCCAGGAGUUUAACUCCCAGCCACGGAACUGA